UAUGGUGGACUUUGUGUGCUGUGUUAGUAUGCUUAGCGUGCAUGAAAAAUGGUGGCCAUGCACAGUUAAACGUGUGCGGAACUGCUUCCCUCAACCCAAAGAUUGUUGGUGGUCAGGCUGCGGUUCCAGGGAGCUGGCCAUGGCAGGUCAGUUUGCACGGACCCAAUGAACUCCAUUUUUGUGGAGGCUCUCUCAUCGCUAAACACUGGGUGUUGACAGCUGCUCACUGCUUUACCAGCACCAACACAUCUGGCCUGCUUAUCUACCUGGGCUUGAAUAAUCUGCAAAGUAGCAAACCCAAAGAGAUGUCCCGAAUGGUUUCUCAGAUCAUCUGCCACCCUAACUACAACACUGAAACCCUUGACAAUGAUCUAUGUCUGCUGAAGCUCUCGUCAUCUGUUACCUUCAAUGAAUACAUCCGGCCAGUCUGCCUAGCAGCAGAGGGCAGCACCUUUUACAAUGGCACUACUAGCUGGAUAACCGGAUGGGGCGCUGUCUCUAAUUGUCUUUCCUCCUUAGUGUCCCUGCCUUCACCCCAGACCCUACAAGAGGUGAGCCUACCAAUAGUGGGGAACAAGCAGUGCACCUGUCUCUUUGCUGAUGUGACACCAAUUACCAACAACAUGCUCUGUGCUGGUCUACUGGCUGGAGGAAAGGAUUCCUGUCAGGGAGACUCAGGGGGGUCAAUGGUGAUCAAACAGGGACAGGUCUGGGUCCAGGCUGGCAUUGUGAGUUUUGGAAUAGGCUGUGGCCAAGCAGAUUUCCCUGGAGUGUACACCAGAGUGUCCCAGUACCAGAACUGGAUUAACAGCCAGAUCAGAACUAACCGGCCAGGCUUUGUCACCUUCAUCUCCGGUGAGAGUGACACUGACCUCAAUGUCACCUGUGGUGCACGGUCCAGUGGGACUACAUUCUUCCUCUUCUUCUCCCUCCUCUUUCUCAAUUUUUUGUCACAGGGGAUGCACUAAAGUUGAAAAAUAUUCACUAACCUUUAACUACAGUUGGUGAAAACCACUUUAACAGUUAUGUUUAAACACUGAAAAACAAGUCAAUAUGAAUACAAAUCUACUGAAUCUUCUAGUUAUUCAUUACUAUGAUGUCAGUUUAGAGUUGUCUCUUGUGAAGUUUAAUGAGGUUGGAGAACACAUGUCAAGGGAUCUGAAAACAUUCCUCCAUAAAGAUCUCUCCAGAUCCAUCAGAUUCUGAGGUCCAUGUUUGUGGACUUUAAGCUUCCUUGCAGAAACAGUCAGGUUUUGAUUUAAUAUCUGCUGGUACUUGUUGGAGUCCAUGAUACCAUCUAUCCUUAUAAGUUGUCCAGGGCCUUCAGAAGAAAAACAGCCUCACAACAUCAAAGAUCCUACACCAUACUUGACAGUGGGAAUGUGUUACUUGCAUGGCUAUCGUUCUGUAUAUGCCAAACCUACUUCUGUGUUAGUUUCCAAGAAACUCUGUUAGGGUCUCAUCUGACCAUAGAUCCCGGUCCCAUUGGAAGUUCCAGUUAAUGUUUGGCUAACUGUUGGCACUUGCGUUUGUUAUUUGAUGACAGCGAAGUAUUUUUAUGGCAAUCCUUCCAAACGUGUGGUUAUGUAGGUGAUCGUAGUUUUGAAGACUUUCUGACCCAAAGACGCAACUAAUGAUUGCAAAUCUCCUGCUGUCAUCCUUGGAGAUUGGGGCCACUCCAACCAUCCUCCUCACUGUGUAUGGCAUCCACACAGACGCACGUCCUCUUCCAGGCUGAUUGUUAACAUAUCCAGUCACAUUAUUAGUGGAUGUAACUGUAUAUUAAAUUAGUCUUGUCUAGUACAUGGUUGUAUAAUCUUUGCAUGCAAUGAUAGCCUGAAUUCUGCGACCCACAGACAUCUUCCUUGGUGAUGCUCCACCAGGCCUUAACUGCAGGGCCUUCAUUCUUGUCAUCAGGAUGUGAAAUGCAUGCUCAAUUAGAUUCACAUUGGGUGAUUGGCAGCUGGAAUAGUUAGAUUUUGUCUUGAUCUGCAACACAACCAGGAGAACUUUGGACAGCUAAAAGUCUAAAAUCUGGCUUUGUGCUUCUCUUUGUUCAAAAUGCUAAUCAAUAAACCUAAAACAAUGUAAAUAAUGCAAAUCUCGUAGACAAAAAAUAGGCUGGAAUUUUAUUAGAGCUGAAAUGCACAUUGAAAUAGGUAACCUGACCAAAAUAUAAUUUUUUUUUUUUUUUAUUUACUGAUGACGUUACCCUGUCAUUUAUUUCCUUUUGCCAGAUUUUCCUUUUGCCAGAUUUUUCUUUUGCCAUUCCCUAGGUACAUGUUAAUGUUUGUGUCAUUGGUCCACAUUACCAUUUCAUAGAACUCUGUAAGAGAAAGGUACUUUCAGCCAAUCCUGUUUUUAAGGUUCAUAUUUUGUACUAGUGUUUUGUGCUAGUGUUUUUGUACUACUGUUUUUUCCUGAUCAGUUGGACAGUUUUUUUCUUAUUAUACUGAGCAUUAUUUAGUCAUCCACUGAGGUCUUUCUUGGUCAACUAGGUCAUUUGCCAUUGGUGUGCUCACCAGUGCUUUGUAGGGUUUAAGAAGUUAUUGUAUUUGUUAAAAUUGGUUAUUAUUAGGGUUUCUGCAGUUCACUGUAAUUGUUAGUGCUAUUUAUUAUAAUUUUUCUGAAGAAAAUGGGUAUUUCCUGUGAAAUAAAAUUAAGAAAAUGUACAUGGUUGUACUGGCCCAAGGGCCCCAACUUCUGAUGGAAUGUCAUGCAAAUCGGUCACAUGAUGGUACUGUAAGAAGCCUCCAAUGUUGUUGUUUUCAAAAGCACACCAUGUCCACCCCAUUUGAGUCUUGAAAAAUGGCACCGAGAUAAAAUGAAACAUUUUGUCAAGGGGAAUCAUAACAUCUGCCAUAUUGGAUUGUUGCAAUUUUGUAAUACAACCCCAUUUCCAAAAAAGUUGGGAUGCUGUGUAAAAUGCUAAU